AUGGUGAAGUAUUUCCUGGGGCAGAGCGUGCUCCAGGGCUCUUGGGACCAAGUGUUUGCUGCCUUCUGGCAGCGUUACCCCAACCCCUACAGCAAGCAUGUGCUGACGGAGGACAUCGUGCUCCGGGAGGUGACCCCCGAUCGGAAGCUGCUGUCCAGGCGGCUUCUAACGAAGACCAACCGCAUGCCCCGCUGGGCGGAGCGCUUCUUUCUUGCUAACGUAGCUCACUCGGUGUACAUCCUCGAGGACUCUAUCGUGGACCCACAGAACCAGACCAUGACCACUUUCACCUGGAACAUCAACCAUGCCCGGCUGAUGGUGGUGGAGGAAAGAUGUGUUUACUGUGUGAACCCUGAAAACAGUGGCUGGACUGAAAUCCGACGGGAGGCCUGGGUCUCCUCCUGUUUGUUCGGGGUCUCCAGAGCUGUGCAGGAGUUCGGCCUAGCUAGAUUCAAAAGUAACCUGACCAAGACCAUCAAAGGCUUUGAGUACAUCCUGGCCAAGCAGCAAGGUGAAGCUCCUUCUAACACACUUGUAGAAACAGCUAAGGAAGCAACUGAGAAGGCGAAGGAAACCGCUCUGGCAGCUACCGAGAAGGCCAAGGACCUGGCCAGCAAGGCCGCCACCAAGAAGCAGCAGCAGCAACAGCAACACUAUGUUUAAAGAAGUCAUCCUACUGCUUC